AUCUGACGUGUACAACAGGAAAAAAUAAAUGUAAUAUUCCUAAGUGCAUAUCAGAAGUUUAGUAAAACAUAACGCCAAAAUGUUAGAUUUUUUUACAAUUUUUAGCAAAGGAGGUAUUGUGCUGUGGUGCUUUCAGAGUACUAGCCAAAUAUUUACAUCCUCCGUCAACACAUUAAUUCAGAACGUUGUAUUACAGCAAAAACCUCUGCCAAUAUUUAAAAAUAAUGGACUUCUGUUACAAUACAAGUUGGAUAAUGAGUUUGACUUAGUUUUUGUGGUUGCAUAUCAAGAAAUGCUUCAGCUAAGUUAUGUUGACAAAUUUUUAAGUGAUAUUCAGUUGGAGUUCCGAGACAAGUAUAAGAAUGACUUGAGUGUUAAAAACUACUUUCAAAACUUUGAUUUUUCACAAACAUUUAAUAAAGUACUUAAAAGGGCUGAAGAAUGGGGGAAAAUGCAGGCUCAACUUCCAAAACAGAUGAGAACAUUUGAUGAAUCUGAUAAAUCUAAGAAAACUGUUGCCUCUAUGAUUGAGAGGAAAGGGGAGGAAAAAAGCAAGAAGGAAAAGAAAAAGGAGGUUAAUUUUUCCAGUGAAACUACCACACUGUCUGGACCACCAAAGUCUCCCAAGUCAGAUAAUGAUACUUUAGAUGAAGAAACACUAGCAGCAAAUCGUGAAAAAUUUGCGAAGAAGAUGGCUCAAAAGAAAAAACCUGAUACCAAAAAGAGUCCAAAAAGCCCUAAAAGCCCUAACCAAGAAAAAGCGGGCAAAAAACCAAGGGUUUGGGACUUUGCGCCCGAUGGAACGGAUGCCAAAAGCCUAGAAAGAUCUACCGAUAAGCCUGAAGAUGCUAAGAGCCAUUUAACACCGGAUGAUGUGAUUGUUGGGCAAAUGAAAGGAGUUAUUAAAGAUCUGGAAGUAGAAUCUUCCGAAGAUGAAUACGAUGAUGAAGAGGGAGAAAAGGAGGAAAUUACAGAAAAAGAUGAACAGAAAAAAGCAUCUAAAGGAGGAAUGUUUUCUAUAUUUAAAGGACUUGUUGGUUCGAAAAAUCUCACAUUAAGCGAUAUGCAACCAGUAUUAGAAAAAAUGCGCGAUCAUCUAAUUGGGAAAAAUGUCGCGUCUGAUAUUGCCAUAAAGUUAUGUGAUUCUGUGGCAUCCAAGUUAGAAGGCAAAGUUUUAGGAACCUUUGAUUCUGUGGCAACAAUUGUAAAAAAUACACUAACCGAUUCGCUUGUACAAAUUUUAAGUCCGAAUAGAAGAGUUGAUAUUUUAAGAGAUUGUUUGGAAGCAAAAAAGGAAGGACGGCCUUAUGUUAUGACCUUCUGUGGAGUGAAUGGUGUGGGAAAGUCGACUAACCUAUCAAAAAUAUGCUUUUGGUUAAUUGAGAAUAAUUUACAAGUGCUUAUUGCUGCCUGUGAUACUUUUAGAGCUGGUGCAGUGGAACAAUUAAGGACACAUAUGAGGCAUCUAAAUGCUUUACAUCCGCCGGAAAGACAUAGUGGUAGACAAAUGGUACAAUUAUAUGAAAAAGGUUAUGGAAAAGAUGCUGCCGGCAUUGCAAUGGAAGCAAUUAAAUACGCAAGAGAUUGCAAAAUGGAUGUUGUUUUGAUAGAUACUGCAGGCAGAAUGCAGGAUAAUGAACCAUUAAUGAGAGCCCUCACCAAGUUAAUAAAAAUUAACGAACCUGAUUUAGUAUUAUUUGUCGGAGAAGCAUUAGUCGGUAAUGAGGCUGUAGACCAAUUAGUUAAAUUUAACCAGGCUCUAGCUGAUUAUUCCUCUACAGCAAAUCCCCAUCUGAUUGAUGGAAUUGUCCUUACCAAGUUCGAUACUAUUGAUGACAAGGUUGGAGCAGCUAUUUCAAUGACUUACAUUACUGGGCAGCCCAUUGUAUUCGUCGGUACUGGUCAAACGUAUACGGAUUUAAAGGCCUUAAACGUUAAAGCGGUGGUUCAUUCUUUAAUGAAGUAAUUGUAACUGUUAAUUUGUAUCAUUUUAAUAUUGAUUUGAUCCUUAACCCUCUGAUGCCUACUAUCACAUCAUAUAAAAUCUAAUAUUAAACACUUAAUUAGACAUCUCGAUCAUCUUAUAAUUAUCUGUAAAAAGUGGGUCGCCUAGAGGCGUGAAAUAAUAUGGUAUAUUAAUUCAUAAUAUGCAUAAUAUCAUAUAUACCAUGUGGGGGCCUUACCGCUAUGGUAUAUUAUAAAAUAAUGAACAAUAACAAUAGUUAUUUAUGUAACAAACGUGUUAAAUUAUCCUUUUUUAUGAAUAGGAAAUUUGUCACAUGAGCCGUAGGCGAAUGCAACAAUUCCCAUGAAUAAAAAAAGGGGAUUUUACACACGUGUAACAUACAAAUUUUUUCUACUAACUUAGAAAACAUUAAAAAAAUCAAAAAUAUCAAAUUACUUUACGCACUUAAACGUACGGUAAAAAACGUCAAAACAUUUGUUGACAAAUUAUAAAUUAAAUGUCAAAUUACUUUUUACACAUUUAAAUAAACGUCAAAAUACUUUACGCACUAGUGAAAAAAGACUUUUUUAGACACUAGUGCAUACGUGAAAUUUUACACAACCUGGGAAGUGUGUAAACACCUUACGCACGGUAGU